UUUAUAGAUAAGUUUAUGGGGCAACAGGUCAGAAUUAUUACGAUACAGACACCAGCUGUGGGAGGAGACUUUUUAUUUGUAAAAUUUGCUUUCCCUAAAUCAAAAAUAGUUCUACCUUGUUUAUCAACGUAUAAGUCUAAGGUAUUAGCUAAGGAUCUCAGUUUGUGUUGUCUUUACAGUGAAAUGUUUUGGCUUAGAAUCCUAGGGAUGACUUUGACUUCGUCUUUUUAUGUCUCAGCAUUAAACACUACCACCGCUACCCCGUCACUCUACGACAAGGAAACUCUAUUUCUCGUCAUCAAAACUGUCCAGCCAAUGUUCGUGGCUUUCUUCUCAACCGGCUCGCUUUCCCUGGAAUGUUUCAACGCAUUCAACUCGGUGGCCGACCCGUGGCUGCAGGCACUUCUCCCAGUCUACUUCACACUGUUUGACACGAACCUGGACGGCAAGCUGACUGCCACCGAUGUUUCACCUCUAGGCGUUCUGGUCACGUAUGUCUCUUUUCUCAUCAUGGGCGCUGAUCUCGGCAAUGAUUACGUCAUCACGUUAGCGGAAUUCAAUGUGUUCUUAAACACGGCACCAUUUCAACCGAAUCAAGUCUUUCAAAACGCCUUGCUGCUGACGUUCCAGAAUCUCGACCGAAAUGGAGACCAGAGUCUCAGCUAUUUAGAUAUUUUCCUAGCUGGCUCAAGAGGUUAAUAGACAACUAUAAACCUUAUCAGUCUUGUAGUCCGUAGUCUGGAUAUUGCACGGACACUUAGCCGAACAUCUUGUUCUAUCAAUUGUGUUGUCAACUUACGUAUUUUACGAAAAUAAAACAUCUAGGAACUUGUAAUGCAAGUUGUAAUGAAAAUUUGCUACUAAAGUGGGGCCAUAUGUUAUAUUCUGAUUACAUUCAGUAAGGAAAUGAA